GCGGGGCUCCGCACACUGCACGGGACAGGCUCGCACCGGCAUCCGCACACACCCGGGACAUGGGCACCGACAGCGCCGCAGCCCGGGCCCUGCUGGACGGGGCCAGCUCCAUUCACCUGCACACCGGCAACCUGAUGAACUGGGGGCGGCUGAAGAAGAAAUGUGCGCUCUCCACCAGCGAGGAGUUGGGCGAUUGCAUUAGGACAACUUUAAAUGAAUGGAGCAUGAAAGUUAGUCCUGAGCUGGUGCAGGAAGCUCCAGAUGCCUUGGAAUGUGCCAUGACCCCGGCACUGGAAACCAUAAACCCUGAAGAAAGAGACGAGAUGAAAGUGUCCGUAAAGCUGUUUAUUUUGGGCAAUGGCCUUUCAUCUAUCAGGCAAGCUGUAGACAUGGCAUGUUCCACCCUUGCUGUGGCCCAGUUGGAUUCUGUGAUCAUCGCACCACCUCCGUUGGAAGAUGGCGUCGUUCUUACCCUGGAGCAUCUGCAGCCGUACUGGGGAGAGCUGGAAAGUCUUGUGCAGGACAACAAAGUUAUUGCUAUAGGAACAUCAGAUUUGGAUAAACCACUCUUGGAACAGCUUUACCUGUGGGCACAGGUAAAGCCAAGUAGCAACCAAGUGAAUCUGGCAUCAUGCUGCAUCAUGCCGCCGGAUCUGACAGACUUUGCUAAGCAGUUUGACAUCCAGUUAUUAACGCAUAGUGAUUCCAAAGAGAUCUUAGCCGAAGAAAGUUUUCAAGAAGCUCUCAGAGAAGGCAUCCAAGAUGCUCAGGCUGAUAGUUGGUCACCCGAAUGGAUCUUACGAUAUUCGGUCAUUGUGAAAACACGUGGAAUUAUAAAAUCAAAAGGCUACAUAAUACAAGCAAAGAGGAAAGCUCCCCAUUAACCACUGACGUUAUCGGACACUCGUAUAUAGCGGCCCUUGGUUGUGAAAAGAGAGACCAAAAUUCUUCAGGCUGCGGGGCAAUACCUGUGGUCAGGAUGUCGUUUACAAAUUGGAAAAUAUGGGUCAAGGAGAAAAGCUAAUCUUUCCUCCCAAUCUGGCAAUUGCUGAAGAGUUCAUUGUGUUGGUAGUUAGAUCACUAGUUGGCUCUGUGUAAAUGGCACAAACAGCCUCUGCUUUAUUCUGUGCUUGUGUAACCCAUGUUCCUCUUCUCGGCUGACGGUUAUGCAGUUUGUGUCUUGAAGGGUGUAACGAUGCCACAAAACGGCAUCACAGAGCAUCUAAUCUGUCAUUGACUCAACUAUCAAUAGACUUGCGCACAAUUCAGCAUGGAAACCUGUCCGUAAUUUGUAGGACUGUGGCUGGCCAUACACAUUUUAUAUCCGUUUAAGGGCUCGCACACAUGACCGUAUGUUUGGUCCGCAUCUGAUCCACAUUUUUUGCAGACCCAUUCAUUUUAAUGGGGCUGCAGAAGAUGCGGACAGCAUCCUCGCGUCUAUUCCACGGCCCCUCAAAAAAGAUAGAACAUGUCCUAUUCUUGUCUUUUUCACAGACAAGGAUAGGACAUUUCUGCAGAAGUUAAAAAAAAGAAAGUGACCUGCACACGGCUGGGAUCUGUAGGCAUGAGCCCUAACAACCCCCCACCCCUCCAUUUCACCAGCACUCUCGGCAGGGGAGAACAAACUCAUCGCCCAUCAGAGUGUCAAGAGGGUCCGCCGACAUUGCCAGGUUUGUCCCACGUUUAGUGUGUAUGGCCAUCUGAUGGCAGCCCUCCAAUCAUCAAGCCCGAGGACUUUAAUCCUUUUAUCUCUUGUUUUCUGAUCAUAGGAAACCCUAUUUCAGACACUAGACCAUUGUGAUGCAGCUCAGUACAUGCAGGUUAGAAGUUUGCUCUAAUAGAUAACACAGG